AUGUCACGUGAUGUUGCGCCUCGCCUGAAGUAUCCGAAACCUGCGAUGAUCUACAGUUCAUUCCUACCAGCUUUGCAAGGGGCAAAGAGUAAAAUGGCUGCAUCAGACGCCAAUUCGUGUAUUUAUAUGGAUGACACACCAAAACAAAUCAAAAACAAGAUCAAUAAAUACGCAUUUAGUGGCGGUCGUGAUACAAUUGAAGAACAUCGCAAAUUGGGUGGUAAUUGCGAGGUGGACAUAUCGUUUCAAUUUCUUCGAUAUUUUAUGGAGGACGAUGACCAAUUAGAGGAUAUCCGAAAGCGUUAUACUAGUGGUGAACUCUUAACUGGUGAACUGAAAGCAAUUGCAAUCAAAGAGGUGCAAAGGGUUAUCGGUGAACUACAAACACGUCGAAAGCAAGUCACAGACGAAACCGUAGAGCUCUUCACAACACCACGAAAACUGAAGUAUAAUUAUUGA